AUGGACCAGGAUCAGACCCAGCGCCCACGUUCACAACAGGAGGCUUUCAAUGACUUUCAACCACGUCGCAAGUGUGCUCUUUGUUGUGGAGUUCGUUGUGCCAGCCAUGGCUGGGGCAGUGGUGUUUGCCAUCACGUUUCCAUGCAAUCUUGCCGUGAUGAGAGGACGUGCGUGCGACGGACGCGGAAUGGUAGGAUUUUUGGAUCGACGUUUCUUCUUGCCCCUCCCAAUGGCGCUGGUGUGUUUCACUCACCAAAACAUCCGGUCGGAGGUACUAUGGAGCAAGAACAAAUAAAACACUUUGGGACCUCAACUGGAAGUCUACCGGCCUUAACAUUCUUUUCUAGACCUCUAUAA